CUACUUGGGGAAAUCAAAGAACAAAAACUCAGAUAUGCCGUUAGUAGAACACCUUCAGCUCCACCACAAUAAUGUACACACAUGAGCCGUUUGAUAACCAGUGCCAACCAAGGCAUCGAAGCAUGGAAACGGUGCAUGUCACUCGCCCAACGCUGCACCAAUAUGCGCCACCUCAAGGUCAUCCACGCCAUCUUCAUCACCAACGGCAUCCACCACAACACCUUCGCCAUCAGCAAACUCCUCGCCGUUUGCGCUCUCUCCGACUAUGGCCACCUCCCUUACGCUUCUCUCCUCUUCACCCAAAUCCCCAAUCCCAAUUCAUUUAUUUACAACACUCUCAUCAGGGCCUAUUCUCGUAGUUCUGAACCUCACUUGGCACUCCAUUACUUCAAUCUCAUGCUGCACAACAAUAUAUUGUGUCCCGAUCACUACACUUUUCCAUUCGUCAUCAUCGCAUGUGCUAAUGCAUCGUUGAUGUUUACGGGUAAGCAAAUACACAACUGGUUAGUCAAAAAUGGUUUGGCGUUGUCGGAUGGUCAUGUAGGGACGGCGUUGAUCCGAUUCUAUGCAGAGUGUAAAGUUUUGGAUGAUGCUCGGAAACUGUUUGGUGAAAUACCUAACAGAGAUGUUGUUCAGUGCAAUGUACUUAUUAAUGGAUACGUUCGAUGCGGUUUGGCUUUGGAAGGUUUGAACGUUUUUCGGGAUAUGUUGGUGUCUGGAAUUGAGCCUGAUGAGUUUUGCGUGACCACAGCGCUCAAAGCUUGUGCCCAUUUGGGGGCACUUGAGCAGGGCAAGUGGAUUCAUGAGCAUGUGAAAAAGAAGAAAGGAUUUUCUUCGGAUGUUUUUGUUGGGACUGCGCUGGUUGAUAUGUACGUGAAGUGUGGGUGUAUUGAACAGGCUGUGGAGGUAUUUGAAACGAUGCCUAAAAGGACUGUAUUCUUAUGGGCAGUGAUGAUUGGUGGGUUUGCAGUACAUGGGUAUGUGAGAGAAGCAUUUCAUUGUUUGGAGAGGAUGCAGGUCGAAGAUGGACUUGGGCCUGAUGAGGUGGCCCUCCUUGGGGUUUUGACAGCUUGUACCCAUGCAGGCCUUCAAAAGGAAGGCCAGUUUUUGUUGGAGAACAUGGAAGCUCGAUACGGUGUUCUUCCCAAACAUGAGCAUUACAGUUGUGUGGUGGACUUGCUCUGUAGGGCAGGACAAUUAGACGUAGCACUUCAGCUUAUAAGAAGGAUGCCUAUGAAGCCCCUUGCCUCAGUCUGGGGUGCCUUACUGAGUGGUUGUCGAACCCAUAAUAAAGUUCAGCUUGCAGAACUGGCUGUCAAAGAGCUUUUACUGUUAGAAGAUGACGACAAAUCUGAAGAAAAUGGAGUCUAUGUUCAAUUAUCAAACAUUUAUCUGGCUGCACGAAAACGUGAAGAUGCACUUAGGAUACGCAGGAUGAUAGGCGAUAAAGGGUUCAAGAAAACACCAGGAUGCAGUGCGAUAGAGGUGUAUGGGGAGGUAUAUGAGUUUGUUUCAGGAGACGUGUCACACUCAUGUCGAGCUCAAAUACAAGAAAUGCUAGAUUUUCUGUCCAGUGACUUAAUCGACUACCCUCUGUAGGAAACAUCAGAUAUCAUGUGCCCCUCGUACCUCAGAACGAGGUGCAGCUUUUAAUUUGUUGCAUAACUGCAUAUUUGUUAUGUCGAGUGACUUUUAUUGGGUGACAUAAUCUGGUUGUUGGAUACAGGCUUCUAGUGGCAGGACUGAAAAUGAGUCAAUUUUCACCAAUGCUCUUAGUGGGCACUUCUUACCUUAUCCCAUAUGGGGGCUGUACUUUGCUGUCAACUUCGACCAGCUCACAGUCGGCAUGAAUUUGUUGUGAUGUCAUGAACUUGAAUCUUCAGUCUUCAGACCAAAUCCUUGUGUUGGUGAACAAGUGUAGUCCCAAAUGCAUUGGCUGGUGGCUGCCGCUGAAGAGCCGUGCACAUUAAGACAGUUUUGUUUUGGCAUUGAUUUGAAACCAAGCUACUCAAAUCUCUAUCGGCAUUCCACAUUGUGAAACUUCUUUGAGAUCCCAUCACAUUGCUGAGCUUUCUAAGCAAAAAGCUGCUAUAACAUUGGUGUUGAUGCCAUUUGCCCAUAUAUAAAAAAUGGGUCAAAAGUCGAACUGAAAUGCUGAACUUUAUUGAGUUUUGAAUUAAUGUUAAUGUAAUUUAACCUGAAAUGUUUUGAGUACUGGAACAAGACCAUGUUUUGGAGAUAAAAUGGAAGACUUUCUUUCCUUCAAAACCUGCACAGGAUGUAACUGCUGAUAUUGAAAUUUUAAUGUUUCCUAGCAAAAUUUGUAAUCAACACUGCUAUUCUUAACACUCAAGUUCCAAAUUCCAAUGACUAAGGAAUACU